AUGGCUUCGUAUGCCCAUGCAUCGGAUAACGUUUCUGUGAUUACUAUGAUCAAAGGUGAUGAAUAUACUCCCAACAUAUUUCUCCUCCGGAUGCUGUUCGCGCGUGAGUACGAUAUUGGAUGUCCCUGGCAGAGCUCAGCGCAAUGGGCCAUCAAAAAGCUGUUUUCCACGCUCAGUAAAAAGCUGAUGGUGAUGACGGGGAUCGAUGAUUUACUGGAGAAGCUAGCGAUACAGGACUCGGUUACGCAGUUUGUGGCAAGCAAUCGUGAAGUGAGCCUAGGAGAUGUCAAAGAAGGGUUAGUGGACAUGUUGCUUCAACUCAAGCAGAGGACUGCCACGGAUAAUGAUAUCAAUAUUAACUAUCCAAUCGUCGCCGUCCCCGACUUCUUUAACCAGACCCUUUGCGACAUGGUGAUGGAUGCAAGUAAAGACCCAGGAAUACGCAUGGCGGUCCGUCCAGCUCCGAGAACGAUUAUGUCUUCGUUCACCACCACAUCUACGUUGACAGAUCCCCCUGGCCUGAACUCUCUGGUCUUAGACCAUGGGAUGUUUUAUCUCGAUCUGCGCACGAUGCACGAUGGCGGGAAAAAGGAGCAGGAUUGCACUAAAAAUCACCUUUUUCCUAUUUUAAGAUAUGGCAGUUCGUAUAUUGAUCGAAAAAUCACGAACCGGCUCGUCGAUCGUGUAGAGGAGCUGAACGUUGAGAUCGUAAUUGGGGCCUCGCAAAUGGACUCUGGGAGCCCCAACGAUGAUCAGUGUCGUUACCUGGACGAGUACCCUCUUUGUCUGAAUGGCUGGGGAUCUGGAAACACUCGGGCGGUUCUGUCCUGGGAGGAGGACAGGCUGCGGAAAACUAUCCGUUUACCUGAGGCUGCCAGUAACAUUGAAACACCAGAAACCAUUGGCCGCGUCCUGUUGCUGACCUUGCGUGAGGUUCUUGGAGAGCGCAUUGAGAUCGUCGGAGGUUCAAAGAAGGACUUCUCGCUGGCUGCGUUUGGUGCAGCUCGCGGUGCGUUGGCGCAAAAAAUCAGUGGGAAAAUUUGCCGUAGGAGAAAUGGGAAAUCUGAUGUACUUGAUCAUGAGCUCUAA